AUGCUGAAAACCUUCAUGCAUAACCAAUUCAAGAUCAAAGACUUGGGAAAAUUACACUACUUCUUGGGACUUGAGGUGCUCUACAGAAAAGGUGGAAUCUUGAUCUCACAAAGGAAGUUUACUCUUGAUCUCCUCAAAGAAUAUGACUGUCUCCAUGCUACCAGUUUGUCUUCUUCACUUGAUCUCACAACAAAGUUGAAAGCUAAGGAAGGAGUACCUCUAUCUGAUCCUACUUUCUACAAGCAGCUAGUUGGGAAGUUAAACUUCCUCACCAACACUAGACUGGACAUAGCUUAUGGGGUACAACAUCUAAGCCAAUAUAUGCAGGACCCUAGAGAACCUCAUCUUCAGGCAACAUACCAUAUGCUUAGAUACCUACUCAAGGAUCCCACCUUGGGUCUCUUCAUGUCCAGUGAUAAUGAUUUCUCAGUAAAAGCCUACUGUGAUUCUGAUUGGGCUACAUGCCCUGAUUCCAUGAAGUCAGUGUCAGGAUACCUUGUCCUUUUGGGAAACAGUCCUAUCAGUUGGAAAUCUAAGAAGCAGGAAACCAUCUCCCUUUCUUCAGCAGAAGCAGAGUACAGAUCCAUUAGAAAGGUCGUUGGUGAACUUGUUUGGCUGCAUCGUGUGCUCACAGAAUUGACUAUACCUCCUGUUCUACCUAUCCCUCUAUUUUGUGACAAUCAAUCUGCUCUCCACAUUGCCAAGGAUCUAGUUUUUCACGAACGUACGAAAUACAUUGAAGUUGAUUGUCACUUCGUUAGGACAAAGCUCACAAAAGGCCUCAUCUUGCUUCAACAUAUUAGAACUGGUGAUCAACUCGCUGACAUUCUCACCAAAUCCCUCACUGGGAUCAAGCAUUCCACUAUCUUGGGCAAGUUGGCAGUGUGUUCUCCACCUCUAACUUGA